CGCUGUGCAUUCCUCUGGGAAGCGGAGGCGCAGCCGGUGCGUCCCGCUUCGCUGUGGCCACGGCGGCCCGGAGCUGAUGGGAACGCGGGUGAGCUCGAAGCCGCGCCAUGGCCUCAGUGAGCUUUGAGGACGUGGCUGUGCACUUCACCCAGGACGAGUGGGCUUUGCUGGAUUCUUCCCAGAAGAGUCUGUACAGAGAUGUGAUGCUGGAGACCUGCAGGAGCCUCGCUGCGAUAGGACACAAAUGGGAAGACCAGAGCUUGGAAGACCAUUAUAUAAAUCCUGGGAGAAACCUGAGAAGUUACAUGUUUCAGACCUUGUGUGAGAAUGAAGGUGGUGAUCAAGAUGGAGAAAGCUUGAUUUGGAACCCAAAUCUCAGUAUGAGCAUGAGACGUUCCACUGGGUUAACCCCAUGGGAUCACAGUGUAUGGGGAAAGGCUUCCCCAAGCCAUUUGUCCUCUAGGCUUACCAUACCUCACUCUCAGUGUAAUGCACACGAGCAGGAGAAGUAUGUGACCAAGCAGUAUAACUCUGAUUCUCUGAGAACCUUCCAGCAGUACAUGAGAACUCACAUUGUGAAUGGGCCAUGUGAAUGCGAAGUAUGCUUAAAGUACUUUGGCUUUCCAAGUACACUGGAAAUACAUCAGGAAACUCAUAGUAGAAGCAAUCCCUUUCCUUACAAGGAAUGUAGAAAGACUUCUGUGGAUAUUAGUUCACUAUGUGCACAUGAAGGAACUCAUGCUGCAGGAAAAUGUUAUGAGUGUAACCAAUGUGGGAAAGCUCUGAGCUCUUACAGUUCACUUCGAAGACAUGAACGAAUCCAUACUGAGAAAAAACCGUACAAGUGCAAACAGUGCGGGAAAGCCUUUCGCUACCACAGUUAUCUCCACUUACAUGAAAGAAUCCACACUGGUGAAAAACCCUACGAAUGUAAACGAUGCGGGAAAGCAUUUAUAUUUCCUGGUGCCUUGCAGGUACAUGAAAAAAUCCAUACUGGAGAAAAACGUCAUGCGUGUAAACACUGUGGUAAAGCCUUUAGACGGCAUAGCGAUCUUCAAGUACAUGAAAAAAUUCAUACAGGGGAAAAACCCUAUGUGUGUAAACAGUGUGGCAGAGCUUUUAGACUUAACAGCCAUCGUCAGAGACACGAGCAAACCCACACUGAAGACAGACCCUUUAUAUGCAAACAGUGUGGCAGAUCUUUUGAAUGUUUCAGUAAUCUUGAGUUACAUGAAAAAAUUCAUACUGGAGACAGGCCUUUUGUAUGUACCGAAUGUGGCAAAGCUUUUGGAUGUUACAGUAAUCUACAGUUACAUGAAAAAAUUCAUACUGGAGAUAGACCCUUUGUAUGUAAAGAAUGUGGGAAAGCCUUCAUAUGUCACGGUCAUCUUCAGAGGCAUGAAACAACCCAUACUGGAGAAAAACCCUAUGGAUGUAAACAGUGUGGCAAAGCCUUCAGUCGCAACAGUCAUCUUCAAAGACAUGAAAGAACUCACCGGCAAAUGUCUGCAUGCCCGAGAAAAUGAUCCCACCAAAGUCUAGCUAGGCAAACCAUCGGUUGUAUUAGGAUUGCUUCUUCUAGGACCAUGAACAGCUUACAAACAAGUGCAUCUUCAAAAUGCUACUCUAGCCUGAGUGAUCACUCACAGGAGCAACCACUCUGGAGAUCUCUGCAAAGCUUGCAGGCAGCUCAUCCGAUGGGAAGGUUUCUUCUCUCGGCAGUCGUUUACUGCUUUUGUAACCUUGGAGAAAGGCCUUGUAAAUCCUUUAAGGCUUAGUUUGCUGCAGUCUGUUAGUUGAUUACUUCCCAAGUCUCCAGCCUCCCCAUCUUACCUCAAAGGAAAUUGUCAGCAGUCCAUCUUGCUGUUACACAUUGUAGUGUUCUUGAAGCUUGGUGGGGCGGUCUACGGCCAGCUAUGACUGAGCAUUGAGAUGCUCUACCACAGCCCGCACUUAGCAGCGUCUCCAGUGGCUGUGAGCGCUUAGGCGCCAAGGUCUUACCAUCCAGCUUUGGCAUGAAACCAGGAGCAGUGGCAGUAACCUUUAUGGUUUGUGGUACCUCAGAGGCCUCCUCGGCCAACAAAUUAAAGCAGGUAUCCCAUCCCUGGCACUGGGAUUUUAUUUAGCAACCACUUGGAGUGCCCUUCCCAUACAGAAUGCCUUCAUUACUUAAACGGUUUAGCUGUUAAUAACAAACUUUAAAAAAAAAAAUCUAACCUCAGUGGAUUUAUAAGCUAGGUAGACAUAUGAUCGCACCUGGCUUUCCUUGGGCUGGUUCUAUGCAUCGAGGUUAAUGCAUAUCCUUGUCUCUCAUUCUUCUUUUGGCACUCAUACAUAACACUAAGUUGGGUAGGACCUUCAUGCAUGGAAAUACUUAUAAGAGGCCUGUGGCAGUGUCCACACAUGUGAGAGCUUAUUUAUAUUCCUCACUGAUCAGUAUAAGCACCAUUUAGUGUCUCAGUCCCUCAUGGGUCAAGAUGACUUCCCAUCAUGGCAUCGAUCAAGGCCACAAUGAAGAACAGGCCUAAUGUGGUGACACCUUUUGCUUUUUGGCUAGGAUGUAAAGAGAAAACAAUGCUGUUUAAAAGUGAUCUCUUCUUACUGCUGAGUGUGCCUGUCACUGGAGUGUGCUGCUGCUUUGUCCUCCAGAUGCAUCCUCUGACCUUCCAGCAUGCACACAAUAGCAGCAACUCAGAAUUGUCCGGGUCUUUACUGCCAGAAUGAGACAGCUCGGGCAUCCAGUUUCAUAGACUGAACAGCUGCUGUGUCCAUCAUACGCACAGCCGUCAUUGGACUAGCCAGCCCCACUCUGUAAGCUCUCCCCUUCCAUUACAUACAUACAGUCUAUUCAUCUGCUCUCUACAGAGUCCUUUAUAAAAUGGUUUUUGGUACAGAAAGGGCUGUAGAGAAACAGAAUUGAUGGUUAGUAAUGUAGAUCUUUUGGCACAAUUCUGAGCAUGUACAAGUAUCUGGAUGGGGUCCUAUGGACCAGAUAUAACCAGGUAGAGGUAAAUGCCUAAAGGAAAAGCAAUUUUCAAGUGCUCGUUACAAAAAGACUCAAAUCUCAAGCUGGUUUAGUUUUAUUGGAAAAACAAGUCUCCAAGACCGUUCGUCUGUUUUUCCUGCAUUUUAUGUAUGGCUUGCUGUCGUUGCUGUUACAUCAGGACUCUAUUAAAGUUAACAUGUUUGCUAUUUAUUUAUUUAUUUAUUUACUUACUUACUUACUUACUUAGAGGCAGAGUCUCCCUCCUUAGCCCAAGCUGGCCUCAAAUUCACAGAUCUGCUUGCUUCUACUUCCUAAGUGCUAAUACUAAAGGCUGUGCCACCAAAUAGAAAAAUACAAAUAAGUCAUCAAAUAAGACUAUAAAUAGCCAGUAACAGAUAAAUAUUUUUGGUAAGAUAUUAAAGAGAAAGAUGCUUUUAGAUUUAAAAAAAAAAAGUGGAAGGUUGUGCCUACAUGGUGGAAAUUUUGUUACAGCUAUUAUCCCAGAUAGCAUUCACUUGCUACACUGGCUAUACAAGCUAACUCUUGCUACAACUCAAGAGUUAACUAGGAAUAGCAUCUCAACUGAGGAAUUCCCUAAAUCAGAUUGACCUGUGGGCAUGUCAGUGGGAGAUUAUCUUGAUUGUUGAGAGAUGUAGGAAGGCCCAGUCUGCAGUGAGCAGCACCGUUCCCUAAGCAGGUAUUCCUGAAUGCCAGCUCAGCAUUAGCCUGCCUUCUUGCCAGCAAGCAACAUCCUCCAGAGUUCUUGCUGCUCUUCAUUGGCUGUGAAGUGAGUUCUUGGGCCAGAGGUGGUAAUGUGUGCUUUAGCAAAACUUGAACUGCCUGCCUUCAAGUUCCUGCCUUGAAUUCCCUCAGUGAUGGACCAUUACAAGAAGAGAUAAGCCAAAUGAACUCUUCUCCCCCGGAGUUUCUUCUAAGAUGUUUUAUCACAGCAACAGAAAUGAAAGCUACCUUUCUCCAUGUGGUAUGGGAUGGUUUUGCUCCUUGUUAUAGUGUGGUUUUGAGCUUCAUGAGAUGGAUGAUAGGAUAUGCAACCAAAACCAAAGCUCUCUUGAGUAGUGUAUCAUUGUGAGUAGUAUCAGGGUGGCCAUCUGAAUACUUGGUAUUCAGUGGCAUGUCUUCCUAUGCGUAUGGGCUUCCCCUCAACAUGGAUUAAAGAAUGUAUUGCACUGGGGUAUGGUCAUGCAUGCCUUAAUCCCAACACUUGGAAAAAAGAGUUCUGUGAGCUCCAGGUCUACCUGGUCUGUUGUGAGUUCUAAAAAUGGCCUGAUAAGAGCCCAUGAUAGGGAGUGCUCUGUCGAGUCCUUGAACUAUUAAAGACUUUCAUUUAUUG